UGGCGGGUAGAAGAUAACCGCUCCAAAGUGAAGAAGAGGACAAAAAGCGGUAAGGAUGCCGUCCCUGGAGCAGCGCAAGCGGCCUGCGGCGUGCGGAACGGGCUUCAACGUGCGUCUGUGGUGUAAUACAGAUCCAUGCGGCAUUGUGUGUGCCAUUAUCUCGUGGUUCCUGGUGCUGUACGCUGAAUGCACCGUCGUGGGUGUGGUGGUGUAUCCGUGGAUGGGUUUGUCACCUCUCGGUCUACUUCACAUCGUUAUCUUCACGGGGCUCUGCUUCCUGGCGCUUGUAUCACACGGAAAAGCCAUGAUGACGGACCCUGGCGCUGUCCCCGAGUCGGCACUUCCUCUUGCGCUAGCAAAUGCUUCUAAGGACGAGAUUGCAAGACUGGAGGAGCAGAGGUACCGAACGUGUCGUCGGUGCCGCCAGUUUAAGCCAGGGAGAGCGCAUCACUGCUCGAUCUGCGAUCGCUGUGUCAUCAAGAUGGACCACCAUUGCCCUUGGGUGAACAACUGCGUGGGGCUGGGCAACCACAAGUUCUUCCUGCUUUUCAUCUUCUAUGUGUUCGUGCUGUCAGCGUAUGCAUUGACGCUUGUAUUCUUCCGUUACGCCAAGUGCAUCAAUGAGUCGUACGUGGCAAAUUGCAGGUGUCUACAAAACAUUGAACUAAUCGAACUGUCGUUGUGCCAUGCUGUGAUGAAGCUGCCCGACGUACGGAGCUAUCCGUGUUGUCUGCUUGAUCCUGGAGGCCGUGCUCUUUGGCCUCUUCACUAUGUGCAUGAUGUGCGACCAGUACAGCGUCAUCACCACAGGAACUACCCAGAUUGACCGCCUGAAGGGCGAGAGCGCAGACAACCUCGGCCUGCGGGAAGUGUUCGGCGGCUCGGACUGCAAAUUCUCCUUGCAUUGGCUGCUCCCAGUGAAUAUUUGGUUUCCAACGUAAGGCUGUCUCGUAGUGUACUCAUUGACCGAUACUUGCACAAUACUCACCGUGGCGUUUCAUCUUCUACAUUUUCAGAUCUGUCAAGAACCAGGUACUGGGCUACGUGCUCGAGCACGAGCUGAUUUUUUCUGAGGACGAGGCUUCGGAAAUGGACACUUUCCUUGACGACGACAGUGUGUCCGACACUACCAUCACCAUGACCACGGAAACGCUAGAGGGCGGCUGGUCCGUUGAGAAACGGGUGCCAGCCAGUGAAGCAGCUGACGUCGUGUAGUAGGCGAAGAACCGAUUCAUAUAGUAAUAAGUCUUGGCAGUGAGAGUCACUAGCACAUUCUUGUAGCAUUCGACGUUGAAAACUGCUUCUUUUCUUUUCUAAAUGCCAUCAUUUGUCACGCACGACCUGUGUAGCUCCAGUGGGUUGCUGUUUCUUGCUCCGUUCGAGUUGCUGGAAGGAUCCGG